CGCACGCGCCUCCGGACCGAGAGCGGAGCCGCCUCCCGCCGGCAGGACCGGGCCGCAGCGCGCGCUGGGAAAUGGAGUUCGAGGGGCGGCAGCCGCCGAAGGGCCUCGCGGCCUGCAGCUGCGCCCUGCGUGCGUCAAUGAAAAUAAGUGAGCAGUCCCAGUCUAAAUGGUCAUGUGAUGUCAUUUGUGAUGAUGUCAUAAGAACUAAAGUAACAAUGAGAGAAAUUCUGGAAGUUUGAAUUUGUGCACUGACUAGCAACCACUUUCAAUGUUUCAUCACUUCGGCAAACCUGGAGAAGGGUUCCAAGUGCCGAUUCCGUCACUGUGAAAAAGCCCUUGGCAGUGAGAUUGUGUGCUCGUUAUGGAGAGAGGGAAGAUGUUCACAUCAGCUUUGCCAUUUUAGACAUAUGGAAAUACAGCAAAAAUACAACAGAAUCUCAUGUUUCUGGGAAACACAGCCUUUAGGCUGUGUGAGGAUCAGUUGUGUCUUCCAUCAUAGCAAACCUCGUAAUAUAAAUGGACUUUUUUUGCCACCUAGUAGCAAUGCCACACUCCAAAAGGAAGUUCAAGAAGGAACUCUGCAUCCUGCCCACACUCAAGAACCCUUAAAAGGUCAAGAAAGCAUUUUAAGACCCAUUCAUCCUCCACUGAUCAUAAACAUCAGCCUGGAGGAGGAAGAGGAAGAGGAAGAAGAGGAGAACUAUGCCUCUUAUUUAUUGACAAAGACUCCGGCAGACAUUGAGGAAGAAAAAGCAAUAAAGGAGAUGUGUUAUAAAUCUGGAGAAUAUUACAGAAUUCAGACUCCUCUGGAGAACCAGUCAGCAAAAAUCAUGUCUUCAACACUGGAUAAUGAGCUAUUGAAACCCAUGGAAACUGGCAGAGACUUACAGGAAGGUGAUGGUGUUACAGUUCCAACAAAGUUUAAUAUUAUAGAAAGACAAGGAGAGGUAACAGCAUCAUUAGAUGGUAACACCAGGACUGAUCUUGGAGCCUUUGAAAAUGGAGGAGGUGAUUGUUAUGUACCACAAAGGAGCAUAUUUGUUGGAGGGAAGCAAAGUGAAAUAUUAACUGGAGAAAAAGAAUUAAUUACGUCCAGACGUUCAGAUGUGAAAGCAAUGAGUCACACUGAGCCAGUAAAGAAGCGUCACUUUAAAGGAGUGAAGAAAAAGAAAUGGAUUUCUGAAGAACCAAAAAACUCAUUCAGCAUGUUUGCAGGCAAAGCAAUGCAUGCUUCAAACCCAAAAGGUAAAGCAAAUUGCCAACAAAAUGAUCAAAGCAAGGAUGCUGAAAAUACUUAUGUUCCAUCUCAAAGAGCCACUGGUAGAAGCAUUUCCUUGAAUUCUCCAGAACCUGGAAGAUCAACAAACAUGACCUACAGUAAUGUCAGUGUUACCAAAGAAUCCAAGCUGAAUCUGUCUACAGACAAAUGGACUGCAGCAUCCUAUAAUUCACCAGCUUGGAGAAAAAGAAGCCCACAUACAAAAGCAUACUCUAAAUCUGAAAAAAUCUAUUCAGAUCCAAAAAGAAAUGGAAGCAAGUAAAAAAGAGAAAGAAAGAGACUUCGAGAAAAUAAAGUGAAGCACAAUCCAUCAUACAAUUUACAAUAAAAAAUGAUAAAAAUGCAAAUUCAA